AUGAUAAUACUCGUUUUGAACGAAUUUGUCGUCAAGCUUCUUCUCUCUAAUGGCCACAUCGUCCAUGGGGCCGUCCGAGACCCAAAGGACGAGAAAUACGCUCAGUUGAACAAGCUCGAAAGAGCAUUCGGCAACCUUAAACAUUUCAAUGCCGAUCUGUUAGACUAUGAUUCUCUCCAGUUGGCUAUUGAGGGAUGCGAUGGAGCCAUCCACGUCGCCUCCCCUGUGGCUUCUAAUACAAUUCACUUGCAAAAGGUACAGGUGCUCGAACCGGCUAUGAAAGGGACACUCAACGUAUUGAAGGCAUGCUUGGAAGCGAAAGUUAAGCGGGUUGUCCACGUAUCAUCUGUCGCUGCGGUUUUGAUGAGCCCUAAGUGGCCCAAGGACCGAGUGUUGGACGAAAUCUGCUGGUCCGACAAGGAAUACUGCAGAAAUAAAUGUAAUUAUCUGUCCACGACCGAAGCAGAAAGUGCGGCUUUCGAGUAUGCGAAGCAGACGAGGCUCGAUGUUGUCUCGGUUUGUCCAGGCCUUAUAAUUGGGCCGGUUCUGCAGCCCCCGCUGAACAUGCGCACCAUGAUCCUCCUAAAGGUCGUGAAGGGAACAUUCAUACAAGGUAACUUCCCUGGAACCGAGCCACACUGCGCGCGUGUCUUUGGAACCGAUUUUCGAUUGGAACCGAUUUGAUGAAUGAUCUGCCUAGACAAUUUGUGAUCUUCGGCUAAGAAUUAUGUUCGUGUCUCGGCGGGUUUGGUGAGACUCCGCUUGAGAACAAUGUGAGUUCCGAGAGGCUGCAGAAGCUGGGCUGGACUUAUAGACCGCUUGAGUAAACUCUAGUGGACUCGGUCAAGUGCUACCGCGAAGCCAGCCUUCUUAGUUAGAAUAUAUGCGGUUAUCUGAUCGACGGGUCUGGUCGGAAGUUUCUUACACUGCUUUGGUCGAUAGAAACUGUUUGUAGCGAAAUUCCAGUUAAGAUCAGGCCUUCUUACUACACCCGGCUAAUUCGACCAAUCCGGACUAAUGCCGAGUUACAGAUGGUCGCUAUCGAGUUAAUCGAUUGAUUAGUUUACUGAUUCAUGUCUAGACAUCCUCAGAUUUCGUACACGGUUGGUGGGGCCUCAAUAGGGAAGGUGUUCCUUCCAAUAAUGUGGCCGGAAAGUA